UCUCCUAAUGAACAAUGAAACUAAAGUCAAUCAUUGUUGUGAUGGUUCAUGUCUUUCAAGGUUGCAUUGUUGAUGGGCAGACUGCCUGCAAAAGGUCUUCAACUUCGGAAUGGAAACUGCAGCCGACAGUACAUAUUGUGAAGUGGUCCCUGACCCAAAACAUCUGUUCCAACUUCUACGCAGAUUGCUGGAAUACCGAUGUGAAUGCUGUAGAACAUUCAGCUUUGAGUCAUCCCCAGCUUUGUCCUCUACAGCUUCAGUUGGGAGAUGCACUAUUUGUUUCCUCUGAGCCGUCUUUUCAGUCACAUGGCAUGAACUUGGCAAAUGUUUCCUUGGAGGAAUUCAUCAGGUGUCCUCAACAAACUGAUAUCCCUCAGCUGCAGAUGAUUUUUGGUUGCAGGUUAAGUGGGAUGCAUCAGAUCGACCCGCAAUGGCUUGGAGUUGGAACGCAUUAUUUCACUGAAGUCCCAAGCCGAGGACCACCGUUAUGUAAUUUAGGGCUGAGGCUGAAUGUGACAGUGAAACCACAUCUUUGCCAGCAGUCUCGAAGUGCACCCUUUUGCUCUGGACGGGGCAUAUGUUUAAGUCACAUCUGGGAGGAAGCCUACAAUUGCCACUGUAACCAGCUGUAUUCGGGACAAUUCUGCCAAGAAUUUGAUGUGUGCUCCAGUAAGCCCUGCUACAACAACGCCUCCUGCAUUAGAAAGGGAGUGAAAGGAGAACUUGAUGCAGAGUCCUAUGAAUGUAUAUGCCCCCCAAUGUUUGCAGGAAAGAACUGUUCGGAAAUCAUUGGUGAGUGCCAGCCACAUAGUUGCUACAGUGGCAGUUGCCACAGGGUUUCUUCAAAUACUUACAGAUGCCAGUGCAAUAAAUAUGCUGCAGGUAAGGAACAGAUUUACAGGUUUACACAAAAAGUUACAUGUUUAGCCAUUAGCCAUUACAGGUUAGCCAUUCAAAGUCAAGCGGGGCAAAGUAAAGUGGAUUUCUACAUUUUGUUACUCUUCAUGUUUCCUGACUUGGAUCAUGACUUGGGUCAGAUCAUGUGUCUGUUUUAG